CGAUAUCACUCCUUUGUGCGAUACGUGACAGGUUGCUACGUUUAGUUUACUCAUAGCAACAGUCAACUGCGCAUGCGUAAACUUAGGUCUCUAAUUUCGAAUUCGGUUUUUACUCAUUUCCGCGGUUUUGUUUUCUUCGUACGUAUCGAGAGCGGCAGAUGAUAUCACUCGUCUGUCCGAUACAUGACAGGUUGCUACGUCUAGCUUACUCACACCAACGGUUAACUACGCAUGCGUAACAAUGUCUACAUGUUGGCUUUCUUACAGAUUGGGCCCGUUUCUGUUGCGAUCACGUGACAGCAGACUUGCUGCUCGUCUGUGGGAUUCUAGUAGAACGUUUAAGAGCUCGUCCAAUGUUGUAGAACCCGCAAAUGCGACAGUGACGAGUCUCGUUCCAUAUCGAGAACAGAGCACCGGAACCGCAGCAGUGCCAGCGAGCACAAUGAGAGGAAAGAUAGACAACGCAGCCGACUUUGUUCUAACUAAGGUUGAUGAUUUGGUGAAUUGGGCGAGAAGAUCAUCCCUGUGGCCAAUGACGUUUGGUCUUGCUUGUUGUGCUGUUGAGAUGAUGCACAUGACAGCAGCAAGAUAUGACAUGGACAGAUUCGGAAUCGUCUUCAGAGCCAGUCCACGUCAGUCAGAUGUCAUGAUCGUUGCUGGUACUUUGACCAACAAGAUGGCUCCAGCUCUACGUAAAGUCUAUGAUCAAAUGCCUGAACCAAGAUGGGUUAUUUCGAUGGGAAGUUGUGCUAAUGGUGGAGGAUACUACCAUUACUCCUACUCAGUUGUCCGUGGGUGUGACCGCAUAGUCCCUGUUGAUAUCUACGUCCCAGGCUGUCCGCCCACAGCUGAAGCGUUACUCUAUGGCAUCCUACAACUACAGAAAAAGAUCAAGCGAUCACAACCAAUGACGAUGUGGUACAGGAAGUAGAACGGAGGAACGAUCACUCUUGCACUAAUGUAUGACAACAGUGUGGACACUCGUCUGACAUGAUAGCAUAUCACUGUGUUGAUAUCAAUUGUAUAGAGAUUACAUUUUCGUGUGUUGGCAUGA